UUUUAAUUAUGCUAGUAUGUGGUCGUUAAUUUUUUUAUUUAUUUUUUCUGUGUCAGCAGAGGAUUCUAAGACUGUAGAGUUGGAUUCAGGAUGGGUGGUGGGAAAGAAGUACUGGAAUGGCGAUUAUUAUGAAUUCUAUGGAAUCCCAUACGCAACUGUGCCAACUGGUAGAGACCGGUUUAAGGCUCCCUUGCCUGUAACACCAUGGGAAAAUGUACUUUCUGCCAGUGACACAAAUAAGCGCUGUAAGCAGUGCUAUUACACUGAUGCUUCUGACGAAGACGUUGUACUUGAUGGAGACGAGGACUGUCUCGUUAUAAACGUCAUUACUCCAACAAUAGCUAGUGAAACGAAUCCGGUACCUGUUAUAGUUUACAUUCACAGUGGUGCAUUCUCAGGUGGUACUGGAAAUAUGGCCAAAUUCACUUACUUAGCAAGGCACGACGUCGUCGUUGUAAGCUUCAAUUACAGAGUGGGAGCUAUAGGUUUCGCCUGUUUAGGCAAUGAGGAUAUACCUGGUAAUGCUGCAUUAAAAGACCAAGUUGCAGCUUUGCGUUGGAUAAAAAAGAACAUACAUAAGUUUGGAGGAAACCCCAAUAAGAUAACUUUAGCAGGAUUUAGUGUUGGUGCAUCUAUGGCAGAACUCCUUGCGCUGUCAAAGGCUUCGGAUGGAUUAAUUAACCGAUUAAUAUUAGAAAGUGGUAGUGCGCUAGCCCCGUUUACAAUUAACCGAGAUCCAGUAAGUACUGCAUGGAAUAUAGCACAGGCAAUAGGUUACAAUGGUACAGCGAAUAUAGAUGAGUUAACUGAAUUUUAUCUUACUGCUAAUAUGAAAGAUUUAGCGCUUAAGAGUUUAAACUAUUUCUUACCAAAUAGCACAUUUGGUUUUGCGCCAUGCAUUGAAAAAGACCAAGGACUAGAAAGGAUUGUAACUGAAUCACCACUAGAUACUUUAAAAAAAGGAGACUUUAAGAAAAUACCAGUUUUAACUGGUUUUUCUAAUAUGGAAGGCUUGAGUCGAUCAAUUAAGUUUGGAUCAUGGAGAGAAAAAAUGAAUGAAAAUUUUAGUGAUUUUUUACCAGCUGAUUUAAAAUUUAAGACUGAGGAUGAAAAAAAUGAACUUAUAAAAGAAAUUAAAAAGUAUUACUUUAAUGACAAGGUAAUUAAUCACGAAAGUCUUAAGAACUAUAUAGAUUACUUUUCAGAUAUUAUGUUUAAGUAUUCUAUCAUGAAAUCAGCUCAACUACACUCUUCUUUAUCUACUAACCCUGUAUAUUUAUAUGAAUUUUCAUAUGUUGGAAAACUAAAUAUUCAACAUAAUUAUAUGGAUAGAAUAAAAGGUGCGAGUCAUAGAGAUCAAACUGCAUAUAUCUUAGAUUUUUACGGUUUUACAAAUAAUUACAAAGACUUAACAACAAGAGAUAGAAUGACAACAAUGUGGACUGACUUCGCCCAAUAUGGAAAUCCUACUGAAUAUGAAAGCGCACUACUUUCUGUGAAGUGGCCAUCUUACACGAAACAAUCACCAAUGUAUUUAGAGAUCAACAAAAAUUUGCAAGUAAAAAAGGGACUUUUUACGAAAGGAUUUCAGUUUUGGGAUCAAAUUUAUAGUAAAUAUCAUUGGGAUCCCCAACCAGUAAAUCCAGAAAUAAUACUACCUAGAGAAGAAAUUAAAUCUGCAGCCCUCAAAACAAAAACGAAAAAACAAUCACAACCAACUCUAAAAGAAAAUAAAAAUGAUAAAACAGAAAAACAAGUAAUUUCUGAUAACAUUGAUAACACAACAGAUAAUUUAAGUAAGGGAAAAUCUAAGGAUAAAGAAGAAAACAAAAUCGAUAAACAGCCAACACUGAAAAGUACUACAACUAAAAUUAAAAGAGGAAAAGACGGUAAACUUGUUAAAGAAGUUAUAACUAAGACUAAUCAAAAUACUGAGAGAGUUGAAGCUGAAACUAAAGCUGCGAAAGAUAUUAACGAAAAUCCACAAAAUGAUAAAUUAAAAUCUGACGAUAAUACUUCACGUGAAAACAGAAUCGAAAAUCAGUCAACACUGAAAAAAACUACAACUAAAACUAAGAGAGGAAAAGACGGAAAACUUGUUAAAAAAGUCAUAACUGAGACUUAUCAAAACGAUAAAAAAGUUGAAACUGUAACUAAGGAUACGAAAGAUCCACCAGUUAAACAAAGUCCACAAAAUGAGUAAUAAAAAAAUUACGAAAUUGUAAAAGAAAUUGUAAAUGAACAUGAAACAAAAACGGUAACAGUAGCAGUUGUAAAAUAUCAAGAUAGAUUUAAAUAAUGUGUACUUAAACUUCGUAUUAAAUGUGUGUGUACGACCAAAAUAAUAUUAUUAUUUCAAU